GGCAACACAGCACAAGUACACGACUGACGACGGAUGACACAGAAUAACACACACCAUAAACAACAUAAAGUGUUAAGUGUCAACUAUUAAAACAAGACAUACAUAACCUUUACGUAAUUAUAGAAGUUUAGUAUUGAUUAUACAUUUUGUUAUAAUGUUCUUCAAAAGUUGUAUAAUUUUUAUUUUUGCAACUCUGGUUCACCAAAGUUUAGCAUCAUUUUCUGCUGACGAUUGCUGGAGUUUAGGUUUCAACAGAGCAAAUUUACUUUGUUCCUCAUGUGACAGCUUAAAGAAGUUUGAUCUCGACAUAAUUCAGGGUCACUGCCAAGAAUGUUGCAGUAAGGAUGAGACGGCUCCUACCAUCAAACGCUAUGCAAAGGCUCGGUUAGAAGUGUGCACGUGUAAAUUUGGAGCAUAUCCUCAGAUUCAAGCAUUUGUGAAGAGCGACAGACCUGCCAAGUUCCCAAAUCUUUCCAUCCGUUAUGUUCGAGGGCUUGAUCCAAUCAUCAAACUGAUGGAUAAGGACAGUAAUGUACAAGAGGUACUUGCUAUUGAAAGGUGGAAUACAGACUCCAUUGAAGAAUUCCUCAACACACAUCUUGACUCAGCAGAUGCCAGUGAGGACUAUCUGCGGACCAACCAAGUCUAGCAUGACGUAUAAGACUUCUUGAAUAUCUGUAAAUAAUACUAUAUUAUAUUAGGUUUUCUGUGCAUUAUUUAUGCACAAUCAAAAUAAAUCGUAUUUGUAGA